CUCCCGGCCUGGGAGGGUGUCCCGGGGCCCCAAGAAGGGAGGGCGUGGGGUAUAGGGGUAGUCCUGCGGAGCCCCCUGUGGGCCGGGGCGGGGGGGGGGGGCCGGGGGCGGGCGGGGGUCCUGGAGGGAGGGGGCUGGGGGCAGAGGGGGCGCGGACCGUUAUGUGCGCCUGGCCUGGGAUGCCAGCACUGCGGGCUCCUUGGGAGGCCCGGGAGGGGGCCUCGCCCCUGACAGGAAAUGGGGCCGAGACGGAGCGCCUGGAGAGAGGGGAGGAGGAGCUGGAAGGCCGGGAAACUGGAGCCCGGUCAAGCCAGGCAGAGGACUCCCUGAGCCCUGGAGACCCAGGAUGGGAGAUGAGGGGCUACUCCUUCAGAGGAAGGAGAGAGGCGGCCGCCCAGCCCAGCACCCGGAGCCCAGCCCUCCAGAGUCAGAGCCCCAGGCUGCUGAAGGGCCCCAGGCGGGAGCAGAGGGGCCCCCCAGCCCUGAGGCACCUCGCAGCCCCGCGCGGGGAGCCUACCUGCAGAGCCUGGAGCCCAGCAGCCGCCGAUGGGUGCUGGGCGGGGCCAAGCCACCAGAGGACGCUGCUUUGGGCCCCGGGGCACCUGGCAGCAGGGAGCCCGCCGGAGAGAUCUGGUACAACCCUAUCCCUGAGGAAGAUCCUAGAGCCCCGGCACCGGAGCCCCUGGGGCCACAGCCAGGCUCGGCUGAGCCAGAGGGCCUGGCCUCCCAAGGCGCAGCCCCCGCCAGCCCCCCCACCAAAGCCUCGCGCACGAAGUCCCCGGGCCCGGCCCGGCGCCUCUCCAUGAAGAUGAAGAAGCUGCCGGAGCUGCGGCGCCGCCUGAGCCUGCGGGGCAGCCGGGCCGGCCGGGAGCGCGAGAGGGCCGCCCCCGCGGGCUCCGUCAUCAGCCGCUACCACCUGGACAGCAGCGUGGGGACCCCCGGGCGCGCGGCGGUGGCCGGGGGCCUGCGGGGCCCACGGGCUGGUUACCUCAGUGAUGGCGACUCACCGGAGCGCCCAGUGGGGCCCCCGUCGCCCACUGCCUUCCGUCCCUAUGAGGUGGGCCCCUCGGCCCGGGCGCCCCCGGCCGCGCUCUGGGGCCGCCUCAGCCUGCACCUGUACGGGCUGGGGGGGCUGCGGCCGGCGCCCGGGGCCACCCCGAGAGACCUCUGCUGCCUGCUGCAGGUGGAUGGGGUGGCCCGGGCCCGAACAGGGCCCCUGCGCGCGGGGCCGGACUUCCUGCGGCUGGACCACACCUUCCACCUAGAACUCGAGGCUGCCCGGCUGCUGCGGGCCCUGGUGCUGGCGUGGGACCCCGGCGUACGGCGGCACCGGCCCUGCGCCCAGGGCACUGUGCUGCUGCCCACGGUCUUCCGAGGAUGCCAAGCCCAGCAGCUGGCUGUGCGCCUGGAGCCCCAGGGGCUGCUGUAUGCCAAGCUGACCCUGUCAGAGCAGCAGGAAGCACCGGGCACAGCUGAGCCUCGUGUCUUCGGGCUGCCCCUGCCGCUGCUGGUGGAGCGGGAGCAGCCCCCAGGCCAAGUGCCCCUCAUCAUCCAGAAAUGUGUUGGGCAGAUUGAACGCCGAGGACUGCGGGUAGUGGGGCUGUACCGUCUGUGCGGCUCGGCAGCCAUGAAGAAAGAAUUGCGGGAUGCCUUUGAGCGGGACAGUGCAGCUGUCUGCCUCUCUGAGGACCUGUACCCCGAUAUCAAUGUUAUCACUGGCAUCCUCAAGGAUUAUCUUCGGGAGCUGCCCACCCCACUCAUCACCCAGCCCCUCUAUCAGGUGGUGCUGGAGGCCAUGGCCCAGGGGCCUCCAAGCAGGGCUCCCCCCAGCACUGAGGGCACCCGUGGGCUCCUCAGCUGCCUGCCAGAUGUGGAAAGGGCCACGCUGACGCUUCUCCUGGACCACCUGCGCCUUGUUUCCUCCUUCCACGCCCACAACCGCAUGACCCCGCAGAACCUGGCCGUGUGCUUCGGUCCCGUGCUGCUGCCGGCUCGCCAGGCACCCGCCAGGCCCCGCAUCCGCAGCUCCGGCCCGGGCCUCACCAACGCGGUGGACUUCAAGCGCCACAUCGAGGUGCUGCACUACCUGCUGCAGGCCUGGCCAGAUCCCCGCAGGACCCCAGACGCUCCGGACCUCGCCCCGUACCUGCGGCCCAAACGCCAGCCGCCGCUGAACUUGCCCUUGGCGGGCCCCGAAGUAGUGACUCGGCCCCGCGGCCGAGGCGGCCCCGAGAGCCCUCCGAGCAACCGCUACGCCGGCGACUGGAGCGUUUGCGGGCGGGACUUCCUGCCCUGUGGGCGGGACUUCCUGUCCGGGCCGGACUACGACCACGUGACGGGGAGCGACAGCGAGGACGAGGACGAGGAGGCCGGCGAGCGGGCGGGCCCCGCCGACUUCGAGGACGACUUUGAGGCGCCUUUCAACGCGCACCUGAACCUCAAAGACUUUGACGCACUCAUCCUGGACCUGGAGCGAGAACUCUCCAAGCAGAUCAACGUGUGCCUCUGAGCGGGCGGUCGGGCGCCCCGACGACCGCGGGGAGCGCACCUGCUGCUCGGGGCCGGGCUCUGGCUGCCGGCGUUGCCUAGCGACCAGCCAGCCCCCGGCUGAGCAUCACUCCUCUCUCCAGCGCUCAGUACUUGGACGCUGGUUGCGGAGGCCGGAGACUGGGGAUUUCCGGGACCAGCUGUUGUGGCCGUCUUUUCUGAGUACCAAGGGCUUCUCCCCCGGACUGCCACAAGGCAGUUCUCCCGCUUGCUGGGCUGGCCUCUUGCCUCCCCUUGGCCGGGGAAACACCAGUUACUGUGAGCAUCACCCUGGGAUGGUAAGACACCCCCCCAGUCAGUCCUCUUGCUGCUGCCAACCAAAUCAGUAUUAGCUUUGAGCAUUGCACUCUGCUUCUCCCUGCCUCUAAGAGCCCAGGGACUAUCAGGAGGUGCCAUUUGGGGCAGAGUUGGGGGAAGCCCCUGUCCUGGGCUCCAGCUGGACAAGGGCAGCCUGGGGUUAUAGAAAAACAGGUGGUUCCCCCACCCUCUUUUCCAGGGAAAAUCCCAUGAUUGCCUCAAACCAGCAAAUGGAGAUAGCAGAGUCUGGCCCUUCCCCUCCCCUAUUCUUGCUCCCCAUUUCUGAAGAAAUUGAGCACUUAUAAGACCUCCCUUUUGGAGGGGCCCCACUUGAAGUGUCAGGCUGGGGGCAUUUUGGUACGGAACAUAUUUAUUUCCUCCGUGCGUGUGUGUCUGUGUGAGGAUUAGUAUGCAUGGACAUGUCUGGAGCAGGUGUAUGGGGCUCUUUCAGGGACCACAGAGGUGGGCAAAGAGUUCAGUGUCCAGGCACCCUGAAAU